GCUCAGUUCGACGUCACCGGCAUGACGUGGCUCUCUGUCUAUGGUUGGUGCGAGUCGCCCCAGCUCAUUGAAUACUACAUCAUUGAGAACCAUGGCGACACCAAGGCAUUCCAAGGCAAAGAGACCGUCGCGACCGCAGAGAUUGAUGGCAGUUCUUACACUUUCGUCACAAACCCGCGCACUGGGAAACCGUCGAUCAAAGGCCAAUCCACCGACUUCAUACAAUACAUCAACAUCAGAUCGGAGCCCCGAAAUCAAGGCAAAGUUAGCACGGCCAAGCAUUUUGAAAUGUGGGGCAAAGCAAAAGGCCAAAUGAGCAAGUGUUCCCAUCAAAUCGUUGCAGUUGAAGGUGUUAAUAGCUCCGGAGAGGUCACGGUUACAGUA